CACAGCGCAGGCAGGAAAGUUUUGCUGGAUACGACUGGUGACCUCAAGUUUUGUCAUGUGGACGCCCAGAACAAACAUGUGGAGCACAGACUUCAGAUAACAAGGACUGUCGUGCAGUUGCGUGGAUGUUUUGAAGAGUUUUCUUGUUCUUGGGGUGAAAGUAACGCUUAACGGGACUGUUGCUUCGCUGCUGCACGCUGUUUGUUUCAAUGGACUGCCGUAGGUCUUAUCACUCUGUAAGUUGGUCAAAAAACUCCUUGCAUGCUCGGAGACAAGUGUUUAACACGAGUAUGACCUAACUUGUUGACGUUUUGCUAUGUAGCCUAGCCUCGGGUGUUUAAAAACAAUGAACUUUCCCUGUGAUCAGAAGCUGGCACCCUUAUCUCGCAAACACCGGCUCAUGGCUGCAGCAAUGCCCGGUGAGGACAGCGCAUUGCCCCGUAGCGCUUCCAGGGCUGAUCGGAACGGAUUGGAGGGUCUUGUUCACUGUUUUAUAUGUGGGAGCGGGGUCACACCUGGGAAGGAAUUAACGCUACAAGUGACAUAUCAGAAAGAGAGGUUGCCAUUUUUCCCGUUUCUCCAAAACCAAGAGCCAGCCCCGGGUGCGUGUGAACUGAGCCCGGAUGGCUGUGCGCUGGUGUGCGCCGUGUGCCACUGCUUUCUGAGGGAGCAGUGGAACUCCUUCGAGCGGAGCCGGACGCCCUUUGAGAAGCGCAUGUACUGGCUAAAACGACCCUACCAGUGUGACUCCAGGCGGGUCCCACAGGAGUGGAACAUCUCCUAUGAUUUGGAGAGGAGAAUCAGCGUGGGCAGCCAAAACUACGACGGGGGCGCAGAAUCUGAUUUCUCAUCUUUUUCUGAAAACGAGAACAUUUCAGAUCAAGAGAUGGAUCUGGUGGACAUAAUGGGCAAGGACAAGUGUCAGAGAGUGCCUGGCAAAUCCCUAAGAGACAGUAGCAGGAAAAACAAUGUCAUCAGUGUUAAAAACAGCCCAGAUUCACAGAGGGCAGUGCGCUGUGUAGUGGGUAUUUAUGACGCGCAGGACUUGCCUAAAGCUGAGAGUGUGCAGCCGGCAGGGCGCGGGGCUAAAUUUUUAAAUAAUGUUUGUCAGUCAUCUGAGUCUCUGCUGAAGUCCCAGGAGAGGCUCCCUCAGCGGUGCUAUGGCAAUCCUCUAACUGACACACCUGUGCAAGACAACGGGGUCAUUAUGCGCAACAGGCGCUGGCUGGAUGAGGAGAGUGUCAGACAUGUGGAGAAAUGUCAGAUACAGCGUGGUACCGACAGCAGCUGCGCUUCAUCCAGACAUCCAUCUCUGCUGCACCAAGGGAGAGCUGAGAACAACUCCAGCGCUGCGCUGUGUCCUGUCAUCCCAAAAUGCAACUUAGCUGUUGCGAGGGAAAACAACUCUGACAACUCAGAGCAAGACGAGAUAAACAUUACAAGUGAUGAUGAGCGGGACAUUCGUGGUCCCAAAGCAGGACCAACGACUCAGCAAAGACCAGUCAGAGAUCUUUCUGCCAGGGGAAGCUCCAAUCAGUCUCCAAACUUUUCUCCAGAGGAGGGGGUUUGUUAUAUAUGUGGUACUGGGCUCAGACAUAGUGCAAAUUUCAAAAUCAGUGUUCAAAAACAGGAGAGGGCACAGGGAGAGCCCUUCUUUCCAUUCCUUUGGCUUCACUCAGCUCCCCGAGGUGCAGUGCCCAUUAGCCACUUGGGUACAACCAUUGUUUGUGACAGCUGUCACACAUCUCUCAUGCAGCAGUGGGAGAGCUUUCAGCUGGCUGAUGUGCCUGUCCUCCAGCGCUUGUAUGUAGUACCCCUGAAUCAAACCUGUGGUUCUCUCCAUCCAUCCCAACACAACACACUAGACAAAAAAUCCCAAAGUUCCCUGAAGGUCACACCUGAACCUCGACCCUCUCAUGAAGCAUGUUUUCUCUGUGGCCUGGAGGGUAGAGAAGAUUUGAGGGUAGUGUAUGCACAAGCUGGUGUAGGGAAAUCCCGUGCUGUGAUGUAUUUUCCAUUCAUCAGCUUGUUGCCCUGCCCACCUAAUGCUCGAGGGGUGAGGAAUGGCCGUGUAUACUGCUGCCCACAAUGCCACUCUAUCCUGCAAGAUAUCUGGAGCGCAUACCGACUCAGCCUCAGUGAAGACCUCAUCACAUCUGUCAGCUCUUUUCUUGUUCGGUACCAUUUCUCCUUGUCAGCUGAUGGGCCUGGACAGGUCCACUCUCAGGUGGGGGUUGCCUCUCGCCAUGGCAGCUCUGGAUCAGCGUGUUACCUGUGUGGAGCUGAACUAAGUGCAGGUGCAGAGUACCAGCUCCAUGUCAACCCACCCAGUCGUUUUGGGGAGAGGGAGCCUUUCUUCCCAUUUCUCACAGUUUACCCACCUGCACCAGGUGCUAAACCGAUCGAUGCCACAGGUCUUGUGUCGGCCUGUAAACUUUGCUACCACGAUUUGCACUCUCAGUGGACACAACAUGAGAGCAAGGACCUGGAUUCCUCCAGCCCUGCUACCUCUAGCUUACCUGGUGCUAACCUUCAGCCACCAAGCUCCCAGUGGGCCCGUCAGUACAGCUGUGAGGCCUUUGUGUGCUUCUUCUGCAGGCAGGAGCAGCGCAGGCAAGGUAGGCUGUGUGCUGUCAGUGUGGCCCGGCUACCUGUGUUCUUGUACGCACCUCGCAGUCCUCGUAUGCUUCUGGUGGAUGAUGGCAAGAGGCUGGUGAUAGGCUCGUGUGUGAAUUGCAAAGCAGUGGUGCAGGUGGGACAGAGCAUGCAGCAGGAUGGAGCAAUGCUGGGACGUGGAACCUCAGCUGGUGAAAGGAGGAACCCUGAACUGGGUUCCCCAAAGCUUACGCACAAGGUGAUGAGUUACAAAGCUGAAGAGUGUGUGGGUCCUUGUGGAGGACACCUUGUGGGCAAUCAGAGAUGGGUGAUGUGCAAUUGAAGAGUUGAGGGCCCAGCCAGCUGCUCCAAUGAACAGAUCUCUCAUGCAAACAAACACCUUCUGUCCGGCUACACUGGACAUGUGAAGAACAUCUGUGGAUGCCAUUCACACUGAGCAGCCUCUGCCAUCACCGACUCACACUCUGCUGUGGAGCUGUCCACCUAAUUUUCCCUCAGCUCUUUAAAAAAGCGUUGGACUAACUGUCACUUUUAUUAUCUCCCAAAUUAAGCCUUUUAUUAUCAAUCAUACCUUGCACAUAUAUUUGUUUUGCUAUGAUCAGGGGACUAGUUAUUCAUUCUGCCAAGAUUAGUAAAUCAUAAUAGUAGCGGCGUCGGGUGGGGGGAGUUUUAAGUGAUCGCUCAGGACAUUUUUGGCCUGAGUAAGCAAGUGACCUCAUAGCUGAAAAAGGAGCUAGUGGUGUUGGGAAGAGGUGCUGCAAAAUAGCCGCAGGGCAACAGGUGCCUUGUACUUCAGUGACAUGCUUAAAGCUGGAGAAGGUCUGUCAUCGCUGGGUUUUGAGCUGUCAGUAGGAAGUUUCCAUCUGUUUCCCUUUAGUGCCCUGUGUGCUCACAUCCAGUGUUCGAUUUAGUUCUGUUGAGUUCAAGUUGAAAGCUGUACAGCAAAAUAUCAAACUGCUGCAGAUUUAUAUUUUAACAAUAGAUUCGUUCAUAAAAAUUAGUUUAUGAUUAACAUAUAUGAGUGUAGAAGAUAAUGAAGAUGGAAACAUUUUUAAUUAAGGCUUAUUGUAAGGCUAUUGUUGAGUAUACAAUCUAAAUGAGAGUUUUUAAUACAGUGGAUUAUACUGUCUCCGUGUUUCAUGAAUGCUAAUAUGCAAUACAAAGAAUAGCACCGAACAGCCUUGGAAAGUAACAGCUACAGCCAUAAGUGAGGGCAGGUUAUCAUGUGUUUACUUGCUCUGUCUAGUUCAAAAACAUAGCUGUAUUCAUUCCACAUUCAGCUGAAAAAGAUCUUUGAGUUUAUAACAAUCAUGUGAGUGAACACAUUUCUUUUCAAAUGUUUAAAGGUAAAAACAACAACAAUAAGCAUACAAAAACUGCCAAAAAUAGUUAUUGUAAGUGUUCAGUAAUGAGACCAAAAUAUAAGUUCUAUCUUCUAAUAGUAAAAUAAAUACUUGAGGUAUAAAUGUGUUAAGGCAAUAAUUAGUCAAAACAUAAUCUAAUAUAGUACUAUCUAUGUUGGCAUUAAAGUAAAACGCCAUUAAAAUCAGCUUCUGUUUUCUUUAGAUGUUCUUCCAUAAUCCUGCACAGAAAUGACUCAAUAACAGACCAUAAUCACUCUGUUUACAUCAGUAAUAUUCUAGUCGGGUUGCAAGCUUUUUGGUGUUUUUAUACAAUUACUAGCUUUAAUUUUAUCUUUAAAUUUGACAUUUAAUUUGUUAUUCAUAACUUUGAUAGCGGUGGCUACAAAUGUCUUUAUCUCUUCAUAACAAUGUUUCCACUCUUGUUUAGGUUCUCACUCUUUUUAUGCAGACAAUGGCUUGUGUGAUCAAGGUUUCCAACUACUAUGACACUGUUAAUUACUAGUGCCUAGUGAUUCUUUUGUGACCUAAUAUAUUCUUUCUGUCCCUUGUUCUGUGGCCAUUUGGAGAUACUUGCUUACAUUUUUCUUUUCUUAAGCAGAUGGAACUGACCGGCUAAACGAUCAUUUAGUGGUUCAAAGAUUGGGGUCUUUUUGCAUGUCCUUGAGGGGUGUUGAGGAAACAUGUUCUUCCUGUGCAUACACGGGCUCUCUCCAAGUAUUCUAGCCCCUCUCAAAGUCGAAACAUUUAAAUGUUUGGUUUAAUUGGCCACUCUAAAUUUUCAUUAGGUCUGAGUGUGUGUUGCAUCGUUGUCAGUUUUGUGUGUGUCCUCUGUGUUGCCUUGUAAUGGACUGGCAACUUGUCCAGGGUGUACCUCUUGCCCAAUGGCUGUAUGAAAAUAGUAUAUUCAUCCUGUAGGGCAUUAUUGCAGCAGAUGUCCACACCUAACAUGAGAUGUGUGUCAGGUGUCAAGAUAGUGCCCAAGAUGUUAAAGGUCAGAGAGUGUGAGAGUGGUGGAAAUAUCACAAUGGCACAUGAGAAAGAGAGCAUUGAAGAAACUUUUAUUUACCUUCAGAUAACAAUAAAAACGAUUUACUUGCACUUUUACAUACUUUAUCAGAGAAAUGUAAAGCUAUUGUAAUGAUUUGCAAAAACAUAUAUAUAGAGUACUUCUAUUUCACAGUGCUUUUCCUUUUAGGAUUUAAAACAGAGUGAAGAGCAGGAGGUUUGUAAAUGAUACUUGUAAACGAACCUGCGGAGAAUUUUGUUGUGGCAUGACAAAUCCCUUUCAAUGUACUUUCUGACACAUUAUGCACCUCAAGAUAUGUGCUAACAACGUAUAAAACAGCGAUGGUAAUCUGAGUUUCAGACUGGAGUCUGAUAAACAAUCUUUAUCAUUUAUUAUUCAUCGAUGUUUGUGUGCUGCUGACUGUUAGUUGUUUAAAACAACCUGUUCCUUCCCAGCUGUGUCAUUACAAAACACCACUUGAUUUUUAAAAUAAAGAACUUCCUGUUUUG